AACUUAUCUAAAAUUGUUUUUGAAUUUUUAUACUAGGGAUCGAAGCUGCGGCCCAAACAAGCAGUUGAAAGGCAUGCACCCAACUGAGCCCAGGUCGGGCGACCAAAUCAGCCGACAACAAUCCAUGAACCCUAAUAAUCCCGCCGGAAAAUUACAAAUCCUCUGAGUGCUUCCUUCAAGGUAAACCAACCUUUGCAAAAGGGCUCCAUAUUGCUCCUUGAGAUGCUCUUCGUCCUCCGCCCGCCCCGCCAUAACCCUAUCCUCCUCCCUCUACGCCAUUUCGGCUGCAAAUGCUCUGCUCCGGACAUCUCUUUCUACAGAGAGUCCUUCGCAAGAAAGAUGGCCUUGGCGGGUAUCAAACCCCACCACAGGAUUGCUCUUGGAGUCUCUGGUGGCCCGGACAGCAUGGCGCUCUGCGUCUUGACGGCCGGUUGGAAGUCUGAAGGGCUUAGCGGGAAGGUUGGCUCAUCCGGCUAUAUUGAUGGGCUUUUGGGUAUUGUCGUCGACCAUAGGUUACGUGAUGAGAGCGCCGAGGAGGCGAGGAUUGUGCAAGAGAGGGUGAUGAAGAUGCACAUUAGAUGCGAGAUUUCUUGUUGCAAUUGGCCUAAGGGAAGGCCAAAGGUUGGUGGUUUGCAGGGGGCUGCUAGAGAGAUGAGGUAUCAAAAUUUCCAGGCUAUUUGUGUUGAGCGGCAGAUUGGGGUAUUGCUUGUCGGCCAUCAUGCUGAUGACCAGGCUGAGUUGUUUAUUUUGAGACUAUCACGUAAUAGUGGGGUCUUUGGACUUGCUGGCAUGCCAUCUGUUUCACAGUUGUUUUCUUCAGCUGUAAGCCAUUCAUGGAGCGGUUACAGCAAUCGUGGAAUACUGCUUGUUCGACCAUUACUAGAUUUUUCUAAAGGUGACAUGUAUGAAAUAUGUCAAGGCAGUAAACAAAUAUGGGUGGAAGAUCCAACAAACCAAAGCAUGUUGUUUGCCCGAAACCGCAUACGCAAUGCUUUGAAGAACUUGCCCUCAAGUUCAUUUACAUUUGAAAUGAAGGCACUUGUAUCUGCAUGCCGGUUGACACGUUGUUUUAUAGAAAAUAUCAGCCACAAAAUGUUGGAGCAUUUUGUGUCCAUAAUGAAUGAAGGUUAUGGCAUUGUUGAUCUUGAGAAGCUUGAUCCAUCAAACGUUGAUGAUCUACCUCUUUCAAAAUUUCUAGUAAUGAUCUUGCAGUUCAUCUCACAAAGACAAAGGCCAAUUCGUGGCAGUGCUAUGAAGCUACUACUUCAGUAUGUCCGAAACAUCCCUUGCAAGACGUCUCUGACUGUAGCUGGUUGUUAUCUCUGUGCAGCUCCUCGGUCUAAAGGCAAAAAAGUCAUUGUAUGCUGUUCUCCAGAAUCUCCUUUUCCCUCAAAGCUGCUCCUAUCUAACUUCUAUUACGAAGAAGACACUUCGUUGUACCGUGUGAUUGAACAGAUCAUCAGAAAUGCGAAGUUCAAUUCUGAUAAAUUUGUCACAGAAACCCAUAAUAUACCUUUUCUGCAUGCAACAUCAUCUGAAGCCAUGCUAAGAGAGGCAGAGCAACUGGAUAUUAUCAGUCAGUUAACAUAUAACAGCAUUCGUUCACUACAAAUGGAAGAAUAUGGCAAUUUUUGUUCACAAAGUGGAGUUGGAGAGGCUUAUGAUUCAGGGUAUGGGGCUCAAGUUUCUAGUCCAUCAAAUGCACAGAUUUAUCCUGGCCAGUCCUACCAUUUUAUGCGCAGAUUCUUAGUGACCUGGAACCUUUCUGGAAGAAAAGAUGGUAUUUCUUCCAAAUUAAAUGAGUUCAAUAAAAACCCAGAAGCAAAUGCGAGAAAGUUUUGUCAGUUUUGUAGAAUUAGUCAGGAGAAUGCUCUUACAAUACGCCAUAUGGUUGAUGCUGAUUGGUUAUAUCUUGCGAAGCUUUCUGCUAAAUGCAGUGAAUGCAGAAAUGAGUUGGAAACUUCAAAUUUUGAAUUGGAACAUUAUGUUGCAUUGGAACAUUUGUGCUCCAGUUACAUGAAAGCUUCAAUUCAAACAGCUCUUGAAAAUCUGAAAAAGAUUCCGGCAGCUGCAAGAAGGGCACUUCCUGUGUUUGUCAACUCUCAUGAUAUACCCUUAUGUAUACCGAACAUUGAUUUUAGCUGCUGCCCUUGUCUUGCAAUCAUUGUUGAAUUCAGACCAGGAGUACCACUUGGAGGAGGUUACAGAUCUUAUCUGUGAAUUUGAAUGUGAAAAUCCUUUCACUGAAUAAAAUUGGUUGGUUUCAUGUAAAUAAAUAACUCUUUUAAAUUUAUUAUUUUGAUUUCAUUUUAGAGUAGUAGAAUUAAAGCUUUUCCUGAUAUUUUUGCCUUUUGUUGGAGAUGGAAGGGAUGGUACCAUUGUAUAGUUCCCUAAAAGUGUGUACUUUGGUGUAUUUAGCUAAUCUAGUGUAUUAUUAUCA